AUGGUCAGCCUUCCGCAAACAAAGCAAGAAAUAAACAAGAUCAAGAUUCCGCGCAGUGUUGUAGGUAAAGAUUGCACAAGCUUGCAAUUACACGCAUUCGCAGACGCAUCACUAAACGCAUACGGCGCCUGCGUAUACAUCAGAUCACAAAGUCCCGAAGGAAAUUAUCAGGUAUCAUUGUUAUGUGCAAAAAAUAGAGUAGCACCUCUCCAGCAGCAAACCAUCCCUUGUUUGGAGUUGUGCGCAGCCCUCCUUCUCGCCCGCCUGGUGGCCAAGGUAGUACAGUCGCUUGGAAUCUCCUUCGACAAGAUCACUUGUUGGAGUGACUCAACAAUAGUGUUGAGUUGGCUACGAACACAAUUAGGCACAUUGCAAACGUUUGUGUCAAAUCGCGUGGCCAAAAUACGUUUAACGAAGGCAUAUGAAUGGCGACACGUUCCCACAGCAAAAAACUCUGUAGAUUUACUCUCACGUGACUUAGAAGCAGGCAAGCUAAACAAGCCAAGGCUUUGGUGGAACGGAUCGUCAUUUCUACCAAAGGACGCUAGCAAUUGGCUACAAACACGCAUCAUAGAGAAUAGCUUAUUGGAAGUCAAGGAAGAACAUUGCAUGUUCGAACAACGCAGAACAGAUCCCAUUGCUGCGGUGGAACUCAACAAGACAUUGCACAUGCUCUUAAAAAUAGCUCAAAGGGAAUCAUACUCUAAAGAAAUAAAAGAUAUAGUAGCUAACAAACGCAAUUCUGCUCAGAUUAAGAAAUUGAAUCCUUUGAAUCCAUUUAUCGAUAGCGAAGGCAUUUUACGACACCUGUUUACAAAACUACUCUUUAAAGACGAGCAUCUACGACUAUUACACGCAGGACCUCAAUUGCUCUUGUCUUCCAUACGCGAAAAAUUAUGGGUAGUUGGCGGUAGAAACUUAGCAAAGCAAAUAGUACACGAUUGUAUUAGAUGUUUUCGAAAUAAGCCACGACAGGCACAGGCUUUAAUGGGUGAAUUACCCAAGGCUCGCGUAUCGGUUAGUAUGCCAUUCCAUGUCACGGGCGUAGAUUACGCGGGUCCGUUUUCGAUAAAAGACAGAAAAGGUAGAGGAUGCAAAACAAAGUUAGUUUCAGACAUGACUUCUGAAGCGUUUAUCGCGGCGCUCAGACGAUUUUCAGCUCGACGUGGUAAGCCGGCUCAUAUCUACUCCGACAAUGGAGCGAGCUUUGUAGGUUCCAAUAGGGAACUAAAAAAGCUAGGCAAGCUGAUGGAAAAGGAAGGUGCAAGCAUUAGCGAAGCCAUUAACGACAUGGGAAUUAAUUGGCAUUUCAUUCCCGCUUACUCCCCCCAUUUUGGAGGAUUGUGGGAGUCAGGUGUUAAAGCAACCAAAUAUCACCUGAAAUGUAUCGCAA